UCUGCUCACAAUUACACAACACCAACUCAUACAAACCCUACAAAACUAAGCCAUGAUGAAGAACCCUAAUUUAUCCUUCCCUGUUGUCUUUCUCGCGGUUGUAAUGGCCGCGGUAUCGGCCUCAAGUGCAGCGUCAAGCAUGUUACUCGACACUGGGGGCGAACUACUUAUUCCUAAUGCCCUUUACUACAUCCUACCUGCCGGGAACGGGACAGGAGGUGGUCUUAUACCCGUUAGCACAGAAGUUUACCAAACUCAUUGUCCACCCGGUAUUGUUCAAUCCCAAUUACCGUACAUCCUAGGGGUUCCUGUUAGGUUCCGACAGUUAUCCAGAGUGGGGUUCGUACCGUUAGAGUAUGAUAUCAACAUCGAAUUCGACAUCGACAUAUGGCCUUGCGCUGAUGAAUCCAAGGUGUGGAAAGCUGUUUCCUCUCAGUGGCUGAGAGGGAGCUAUGUAAGCGCUGGCGGAGAGAAAUUUAGCGAUGACAGCUGGUUCCAGAUCGUGAGAGAUGGAGAUUCUUACAUGAUUCUGCACUCUCGGAGCUCGCAACAUGUCAGUCUCUUUAAAUGGGCGAACAAUGCUUUGGUACUUGGGUAUAACCCCUUCCCGGUCAAGUUCAUGAAGGCUGACCAAAUCACAAGAAACGAACUCUCCGUGAAAACUAUGUGAAAGUAUGUUUCCUUAUUUAGAUCUUGUAUGACGAAUAACGCGCGGUUGAAACAAUACCAACUUUGUUGCUCUAUGUUGAAUUUUAAUGGUUUAUAUAUAUGAAUAAAAUCUUAUUUUAUAUCUUGUUGAAA